GCUCUUACUCCCUUCAAGUGUUGGGGUGAAGGGAGAGGGGGGGGGGGUCAGCCUCUGGUUUAGGCUACCAUUGUAGUGCGCCGUGUUGUGUUGCUUAUGGUGUGUAGCCGCUAAAUAACAAAGUGGCGGGGUUUUGUGGUAAUUGCUUCUAAAGAUCAAAUGUGCGCACCGCCUGUGGAUUGUUUGAGUUAACGGUGAGUGAGAUUUUGGUAAUGCUACCCCCCUCCCCCCAAAAAAAACAACAAAACAACAACAGUACAUUGCCCAUUUUGAUCUAUGUUUGUGAUCUAUGUUUUUUAUCUAAUUAUUAUUAGUCUUAUUUUAUGCGUUUGAUCGCAUGUUUCUGAUAAAAUGUUUGUGAGCUAUGCUUAUAAUUGUGAUACGUGCGUGAAAUCUAUGCUUCUGAGCCUAUGUUUGUUAAAUUAUGUACGCCUGUCAUUUGAUGCCCGUGAUCCAUGUUUGUUAAAUUAUGUACGCCUGUCAUUUGAUGCCCGUGAUCCAUGUUUGUUAAAUUAUGUACGCCUGUCAUUUGAUGCCCGUGAUCCUAUGUUUGUUAAAUUAUGUACGCCUGUCAUUUGAUGCCCGUGAUCCUAUGUUUGUUAAAUUAUGUACGCCUGUCAUUUGAUGCCCGUGAUCCUAUGUUUGUUAAAUUAUGUACGCCUGUCAUUUGAUGCCCGUGAUCCUAUGUUUGUUAAAUUAUGUACGCCUGUCAUUUGAUGCCCGUGAUCCUAUGUUUGUUAAAUUAUGUACGCCUGUCAUUUGAUGCCCGUGAUCCUAUGUUUGUUAAAUUAUGUACGCCUGUCAUUUGAUGCCCGUGAUCCUAUGUUUGUUAAAUUAUGUACGCCUGUCAUUUGAUGCCCGUGAUCCUAUGUUUGUUAAAUUAUGUACGCCUGUCAUUUGAUGCCCGUGAUCCAUGUUUGUUAAAUUAUGUACGCCUGUCAUUUGAUGCCCGUGAUCCAUGUUUGAGAUCUUAUGCAUGUAGCACGCGCUUGUCAUCUGUAUGCGAAUAUGAUCUUUGUUUGUGAUCUAUGCAUGCUAUAUAUGUUUGCGAUAUAAUGCUCAUGAUCGAUGUUUGUGAUGUAUGCACGUGAUCUAUGUUUGUGAAUGUGAUCCAUGUUUACGACCUAUAUUUGCUAUCUAUGUUUGCACUCUAAUGUUUACGAUCUAUGUUUCUGAUCUUAUGCAUGGGAGUCGCGUUUGUGAUCUAUGUUUUUGAUGGUGAUCUAUGCUUGUUAUCUUUGUUUGUGAUCUAUACUUGUGGCCUAUGCUUGCGAUCUAGUGUUUGUGAUCUAUUCCGAUUAUCUAUGUUUGUGAUCUAUGACUGCUAUCUAUGUUUGUGAAUGUGAUCUAUAUGUGUGCUAUGUUUGUGAUCUAUGUUUGUAUUCCAUGCUUUUUUUAGGAUUGUUUUUACAUUUUAUAACAUAAUACUUUUUUUUUAUUACCAUAUGAAUCAAAAUUAUUAAAUUCAUUUCCCUAUGGCCUAUUGCUUUUAUGUUAACAUAUCUAACUACCUACCCCACCCCCUUUUAAAAAAAAAAAUGUUUUUUAUUCAAUUUAUAUUCUACACUAUUACAGGGCUAACAGAAUCCAUUAUUCAAAGUGCGGCCAUUCACAGUACAUAGACUUAUAGAUUUAACCAUUUCACCAUACAGAACAUAUUGUAAUUUGUUCCUAAGGGUACACGGGUACCCUAUGCUUAUAUAGAAUAUAGAACAUAUUCCCGAAAGUUGCCUGAUUUGACAACAGAGUGGAACUAUUCAGGCGUGCUCAGUAGGACCGGAAGAUGAGUUCGGAAAAUCAGCCUUUGCACACAGAUGAGCAAAAACAAUCGCAGAAUUUCUUUCUCGUUAAUAUCAAGCUCAUCAGCAGGACACUCGGAUUAAUGACGAUAGCAGGUAAUGCCAUUCAGAUUUAUUAAAUAGUUUCAAUAGUGCAUGGGUAAUGUCAUUGAUAUUUCUUAAAUAGUUAUAACAGUGGGGAAUGUCAUUGACACUUAUUAAAUAGUUAUAUUAGCGGGUAAUGUCAUUGACACUUAUUAAAUAGUUAUAUUAGCGGGUAAUGUCAUUGAGAAUUAUUUAUAGUUAUAAUAGUGGGUAAUUUAAAUUGAGAUUUAAAUCCAGGUAUUGCAGGGGCGUAGCUAGGGGAGGGGAGGGGGUCCAAAUUCGAAAGUCCCCCCGGGCCCCUACUUGAGGGGGGGCCCCCAAAGGCGUGUCCGAUUUUUUUUUUACAUUAAAUAAUGUCGAAUGUCAAAAUGCAGGGGCCCCUAUUGAGGCCAAGCCCCCCGCCGGGGCCCCCAAAUCCCUAGCUACGCCACUGAGGUAUUGUGAGAUAACCACACACACAAAAAGCACACCGACAAAGACUAUUGAUUUGAAGUAGUGUGUACGCCCAGUGGGGUACAAAGCCAAGUUUUGACACGAAUUAGGUCUACAUGGGGUGGUACUAGAUUCUUUUUCUAGAUUCUAGAUUCUUCUAGAUGAAGAUUCUUUUGUUAAACUGCGCCUGCACUUCGCUUAAUCCAUGCUGCGUCUAGGCAGACUCAGACAGAGACGUUCUAACUGGCCUCUGGUCAAAAGGAAGUGACUGAAGUGGCAUAGCUCGGGUCAUUGCCGCCGUGCCGCUCGGGACAGCCUGAGCUUUUGCCGCCACUUUCCACGAAAAAUAACUCUGCAGGCCACCUGAAGUGCCGUCCCUCACUAUAAAAUGCCGCCCCUUCGCACCCCCUUCCUACGCCCCUGAGAUACUGUCUUGGCUACUUUAACCUUUUACCCCUCCGUAUAUACUCCUGCUGAUUUAACACACUAUUUGUGUCUUAUUUAUUGUAAGUUGUGCAACAUUACAUAAAUUGCACACAUUAUAUACGUCACACACAUUACAUACAAUUAGUACACCAUACAUUUGUCCUAUGAUAUUAUACUAAUGACUUAUAAAGACCUCGGGCGAUUCGUGCUCUAUAGCUGCACCCCAACAGCUCGCUACUGCAAACCACUUCUUAAUUAAAGCUGUCAGAACUUGGACAAAAACCUUCCCGGGUACCCGGAUACCAACGCAGCGGGUGCUCAUGGCGACAGAGGGUCACAAUAACAACAUUCUUAUUAGAAAAUUUGAUCGUUUUGAAAUGAUUUUUUAAACGAAUUUCUCAAAAAAAUCGGGUACCCCAGAAUUCACCGUGGCAGUUGGCCUCGGGCGGGGACCCGGGGCACCCGUCAACAGCCCUAAGCCUAAGCCGAACACGUUCACUUCUGUCAGUUAUCAACGAUGGAUUCAAAAUUUAGCCUACUUCCAUGUUUAUUAAUUUUAAGCUUAUACCUCACUAACCGUUGAACAGAACUGGCCACUGACCUGUUGUUCCGAGUUAUCAUUUCUAUAAAUUGUUUCCCCUUUUUUUGACCAGUUCUAUGGAUUUCUACCGUCAUAAUCAUCAAAGACCACAACAACAGCUACAUUGGAUAUUAUCUCAUGUAAGUUGUUUGUUCGCUACAGUAGAGUCAGUAGACUGCGGACAGGAGGGGGGGUGUGGUGUGGGGUGUAAGGAUGGCGAGUGUGUUACAUUAUCCUCCUAUAUCCCCACCGCCUAUAUGGCUUUCAAGCUUCAUGGGAGUAGGAAGAGUGGGGGUGGGAUGGGGGGAGGAGGGGGCUGGGGAGUUCACAUCGGGCGUCACUUAAGUUGGGGAGACACUUUCGGUCCAGUUCAUGUUAUACUUAUUAUUUUUUUAAUGCCAUCAUGUAUGCAUCGCUAUUUACGUUAAUUAAGGGCGGCAAAGUCAAAGAAAACCCUGGGCGUAAUAAAUUCACGCUACUCCACUGUGGGGCUUUAAACCCACACCGAGCGCCUGAAACUAAUCUAGUUCGCGUGCAUUCCAUUGUUAGAUAAUCAAGCCGUUUUUAAAAAAUAUCUUUGAGAUUGGCUUCCUUAUAAGGAUGCACGUGUCUAUCCAGACGGAGGCAUUAAUUAAAAUAUAUUAGGAUAUUAUGAAAGACAGGAAGAAAAACUUGUGUUGGUAAAUAGUUCCAUGUUAACGUUUACCGCUGAUCCAUAGAACUGACUCUCCCAACCCCCUACCAACCCCCUACCAACCCUACUCCAAUACUUUGACUCCAACAGCGUUUUUGGGCAUCCAAAGGCCGAUAAUUCGUGCUUUAUUUUUCUGUCUACGGAUUGUCCGCGAUUUUCUCUCAGGAGAUCCUUUUUUUUUUUUUUUAAAUGUCACCAACUCAAAAUUUUCUGUCUAUCUCACACUCAAUGAAAGUGUAAUGCAGAGCAGCCCCCCCCCCACCCCCCCAUUAAUUACACCCGGAAUGCUACUGACAGGUUAUCACCACCGGGUAUUUAAAGAUAAGCUUGACCGAAACAUUUGUGUUGACCAUUUCAGAGCUGUGUCGGCGCUGGUGACAUUUUUUGAGGUGACCUGGAUCUUUGACAAGUCGGCAUGCUGUGUGUGAGUACAUGUAUGUUCAUAUCAUCUGUCCUUAUAAUAUGUCAAUAUAAUUUGUCCAUAUAAUGUGUUCAUAUCACCUGUCCACAUAACAUGCCCAAAUAUGUCCUAAAAAGACUGUCCCUAAAGAGGGCCCAUGUUUGUUUAUUUCCCUUUUGUAUUCAGCAUUUCUGAGUUAUUAUAUCCCUUUACUAUUCUAACAUCUCCGGCUUAUUUCCCCUCAGACGCCAGGGCUGCUGCUGUCGUAUCUGGGCCGCCAUAAUGUGGGUAGACAACUGGAAGAAGUUCAUCCUGUACGUGCUCCUGGCUGUACCACUUUUCCUUGAAGACUUCAGAUUGGUUCUAGGGAUUGUUAGCGGUAAGGAGAAAUUAGGCCGCUUACUGUAAAAUUGCGUAACAUCUAACAGAUACCACAAAUAAGUGGCGUGCUGUUUUUGGUUUAGAGCAGCGGUUCUCAACCUGUGGGUCUCAACCCCUUUAGGGGUCAAACGACCCUUACACAGGGGUCUCCCAUGACCAUGGGAAAACACAUAUUUAUGAAGUAGCAACGAAAAUAAUUUUAUGGUAGGGUGGUUACCACAACAUGAGGAACUGAAUUAAAAGGUCGCGGAAUUGGGGAGGUUGGGAACCACUGUAUUAGAGGAAUUAGCAGAUCUCAUUCUACUACUUCAUGUAAAUGCAAGUGAGUUUUCAUGUAAAUUCUCUCUAAAUUGCGCAUCUAAAAUAAUGUUACAAGAAAUUGUGGUGACAGUGAUACAGAGAUAGGAUUUAUAAUUACGUUUCUUCAUCUGACGAUGCUUCCAGGUCUGUUGCUGAUUCUGCUGUCCACCAUGUACCUCAUCAAGACGUUCCGGGGCCAGGUCUCCAUCACGUACGAGAAGACAGAACGGCGCAUCGUCACGAAGACUCCCGUAAUAAGAACGGUAACCCACGAGAUCUCAACACAGACCGACACGGAGCACUACGCUGUCAGCUACACGACGACAACAGAGAUUUCUGAGGAUGGUGGCGCCACCUCUUCAACGACAAGAAGCGAUGGGUAGCACUAGAACUGAUUAACCACACACCAAGACUGUGCGAAAUAACCAGUUGACAUUAAUGUUUUGGACAGGGUUUCUGAAUCGUUUUUGUUAUUUUUACAACAAUGUUUAUUGGAUUAACUCCCCCCAGAAAAAGUUUUCCCCCCUUUUCAUCAAUAUUAUAUAUCACAGUGUGUCCUAACAGCUCAGCAACAUUCUCAAAUUGGCUGGUUGCACUAAAUAUAUCUCGACAUUGGUUGGGCCCUUACAUCAUGCUUGCUGAUUUGUGAUCUCUGAAGUUAAACUUAAAUUCCGGAGCUUUACAAACUAAAGUUGGACCAUAAAAAUUUGCUUUGAUUCAGGUGAAAAAAAAAAAUAUAUAUGUAUGAAAAAUAAUUUGGGAACAAAUAUUUUUUGAACUUUAUAUUUUAAAUCUGGCAUUUAAUAACAACGUUGAGUGACGUCAUGUGUUGGUGAACGACACGGAAAACGUGAGUAGUGUCAAAGACUCCGCAAUCCUGAUGAAGACACAAUUUUGCUCACACUCACACACGCUAGCUACCUUUCCCACAAUGCCGUCUCAUAUUUCAGAAGAGUUCAAGUCUUGCAAAAAAAGAAAAAGGUAGGACUAUCCAUUGACACAAUGUAACGGACGACUGAGGUGUUCGAGAAGUUGGAUUCCCCUCUUGUAUAAUCUCUGCUGUUCGCCGUAAAGGUGACCCCCCCCCCUCAAUAAUAAAGAAAAAAGUGCUGACAGAAAAGGGGCGGACCACCCUCUCCACACCCCUCCCUACGCCACAGUGGGUAAUAUUCGAGCACAAACCGACAUGAGUAGAGAACAGGCAUAACUUGUUAACCACUUCAUCGCAAUUAAAGUUCACUGUAAAAAAAUUUUAUUUUUUCAUUGAAAGGCCAAAAAAAAAAAAAAAAGGAAUUGUAUGGCUUAGGUUCUUGAAUUGAUGUUAUUGUCCACUGAUGCCCAUCUGAUCUACUGUGCUAUUAUUAUAACCACGGGCCCGGCUGAAGGGCACAUUCCCAAAUGGCCACAGGAUCGGAAUGAUGAUGAUAUGUUAAUAUAUUCUAUGUUUAUUUUUCUUGAUCGCCUAAUCAUUUUCUGUUUACGUCUUUAUUGGAGGAAUUGUCGUGCAAAAGUAGGUAGGCAGCCUCAUGUGUGGGGGUGGG